UGUGCCCUGAAGAAGAUCCCAGUCAAAAGAAAUAACACAGCUGCGCCAAAACCUAACGGACGAAAUGGCUUCUGCUAAUUCAGGAAACCCGCCUUCUACUCCUGAUUCGCCAACCUCUGCUGGCUUCAACACAGAUCAGCUCCCUCCCAACACCAGCCGGACCUCCGAGAACUUAACCGACGACGACGAGGCUUCCGUCGAUCCCGAAAUUAUCCGAGAUGAGCCCGAGGAACCCGAAGAGGAGGAAGAAGGAGAAGACCUGUAUAACGAUAAUUUCCUGGAUGACUAUCGGAGGAUGGAUGAACACGACCAGUACGAAUCGGUAGGGUUGGAUGAUUCACUUGAGGAUGAGAGGGAUUUGGAUCAAAUUAUGCAGGAUCGAAGAGCUGCUGAUGUGGAGCUCGAUGCCCGUGAUGCCCGCCUCACUGACCGCAAGCUUCCUCGACUCCUCCACGACCAUGAUACUGAUGACGACAACUAUAGACCUUCAAAAAGGUCUAGAGCUGAUUUCAGGCCUCCAGCUUCUCAUAGAAGCUAUGAUGAUACUGAUGGUAUGCAAAGCUCUCCUGGAAGAUCACAACAGGGACAUUCUAGGGAGGAUGUCCCCAUGACUGAUCAAACUGAUGAUUAUCCUUAUGAGGAUGAAGAUGGUGAUGAAGGCGAGUUUGAGAUGUAUCGGGUCCAAGGAACACUUAGAGAGUGGGUUACCAGAGAUGAAGUGCGUCGAUUUAUUGCCAAGAAGUUCAAGGAGUUCCUGCUUACGUAUGUGAAUCCAAAGAACGGACAUGGGGAUUUUGAAUAUGUACGUCUGAUAAAUGAAAUGGUGUCAGCUAACAAAUGUAGCCUGGAGAUUGAUUACAAGCAAUUCAUCUAUGUCCACCCUAAUAUUGCCAUCUGGCUCGCUGAUGCACCUCAAUCUGUCCUAGAAGUUAUGGAAGAAGUUGCCAGAAAUGUUGUUUUCAGUUUACAUCCAAACUAUAAGAAUAUCCAUCAAAAGAUCUAUGUCCGUGUUACCAACUUACCCGUUUAUGAUCAGAUCCGAAACAUUAGGCAGAUCCAUUUAAACACCAUGAUUCGAAUUGGGGGAGUUGUGACCAGACGUUCUGGUGUAUUCCCACAGUUGCAGCAGGUAAAAUAUGAUUGCAACAAGUGUGGAGCAAUUUUAGGACCAUUCUUUCAGAAUUCCUAUUCAGAAGUCAAGGUUGGUUCUUGCCCUGAAUGCCAGUCAAAAGGACCAUUCACCGUUAAUAUUGAGCAGACAAUAUACAGAAAUUACCAGAAACUUACCCUCCAGGAAAGCCCAGGAAUUGUGCCUGCUGGUCGGCUUCCAAGAUACAAAGAAGUGAUACUGUUGAAUGAUUUGAUUGAUUGUGCUCGCCCUGGAGAAGAGAUUGAGGUCACUGGCAUAUAUACAAAUAAUUUUGACUUAUCUUUGAACACAAAGAACGGAUUUCCUGUCUUUGCCACUGUCAUUGAAGCAAAUUAUGUGACAAAGAAGCAGGACCUCUUUUCUGCUUACAAACUUACACAGGAGGAUAAAGAAGAAAUUGAGAAGCUUGCUAAAGAUCCAAGAAUAGGAGAAAUGAUUAUCAAGUCAGUUGCACCAUCAAUCUAUGGCCAUGAAGACAUAAAAACGGCAAUAGCCCUUGCCAUGUUUGGAGGCCAAGAGAAAAAUGUUGAAGGAAAGCACAGACUCCGAGGGGACAUCAAUGUACUUCUCCUAGGUGACCCAGGAACAGCAAAAUCUCAAUUUCUGAAGUAUGUUGAAAAGACUGGGCAGAGGGCUGUGUAUACUACUGGUAAAGGAGCUUCAGCUGUAGGUCUAACAGCAGCAGUACACAAGGACCCAGUGACAAGAGAGUGGACGCUUGAAGGAGGGGCCCUUGUUUUAGCUGAUAAGGGUAUCUGUCUUAUUGAUGAGUUUGACAAGAUGAAUGAUCAGGACAGAGUGAGUAUCCAUGAAGCAAUGGAGCAGCAGAGUAUCAGCAUAUCAAAAGCAGGGAUUGUUACCUCUCUCCAGGCUCGCUGUUCUGUCAUUGCUGCUGCAAAUCCUAUUGGAGGAAGAUAUGAUUCCUCGAAAACAUUUACUCAAAAUGUUGAGUUGACUGAUCCCAUCAUUUCUCGUUUUGACAUCCUCUGUGUUGUUAAGGAUGUGGUCGAUCCUGUUGCAGAUGAGAUGCUUGCAAAGUUUGUAGUUGAUAGUCAUUUCAAGUCACAACCAAAGGGUACUAAUAUAGAUGAUCGGUCCUUGAAUGAGUCCCAGGAUGACAUCCAAGCUUCUGCUAGGCCCACUGAUCCAGAGAUUCUUCCUCAAGUUUUGCUGAAGAAAUACAUAACUUAUGCUAAGUUGAAUAUAUUCCCAAGGUUGCAUGACUCCGAUAUGGAAAAACUAACUCAAGUUUAUGCAGAACUACGCAGAGAAUCUUCGCAUGGACAAGGAGUCCCUAUUGCAGUGAGGCACAUAGAGUCAAUGAUAAGGAUGUCUGAAGCACAUGCUCGAAUGCACCUCAGACAGCAUGUCACAGAAGAAGAUGUUGACAUGGCAAUUCGUGUUCUGUUAAAUUCCUUCAUUUCAACACAAAAAUAUGGGGUGCAGAGAGCUCUCCAAAAGAGUUUCAGAAAGUACAUCACUUACAAGAUGGAUUACAAUAGAAUGCUUCUCAAUCUUUUGCAAGAACUUGUGAACAGAGCACUGCGCUUUGAAGAAAUUAUGUCUGGCUCUAUUUCAGGGCUUGCCCACGUUGAAGUGAAAGUUGAGGAUUUGCAAAGCAUGGCGGAAGAACGAGGAAUCAGCGAUCUAAACCCCUUCUUUUCCAGCAAUGAUUUCUCUGCAGCCAAUUUUGAGUUGGACAAUGAUCGACGGGUUAUCAAGCAUAAGCUUCCUAGACAUUAAAGAUAUUAAUUAUACAUCAAAUAGGCCUAGCUUUAGUAUAUCAAGGAAUAGUUAGGAAUGGUGUGUAAGGUGAGCAGCUCUAAAUCGUCGAGUACAGUUUACUGGGUUUCAAAGAGAGAUUUGGACAAUAGGAUCUUGUAUGUGAUAAACUAUCACGGUCUGGUCAAACAGUAAUUGUAUGUAUUUUAUUGUUAUGAUGAAAUAUCCACAUUGGACAUGUUGACAACCAUAUUGUACACCUUCAUAUAUUUUAUAUUAUUCUAUUGCUUUAAAA